GUGGACCUCACGUUUUGUGCAUUCGGCCUUCUGAUAUUACUAUAAAAUCGGAGGGUGCUACAUCUUUAGCAUCAUUCAGUGAAGCAGUAGCUCAGUGAAAACAAUCAAGAUGUUCAAAUCUAUGUUCGUAUUCGCCUGCAUGCUGGUGGCGGCUAUGGCUGAGCCCAAGCCGGGCGUGCUGUACAGCGCGGCAUACACGGCGCCCGUGGCGGCGGCGUACACCGCGCCGGUGGCUGCUGCCUACACCGCGCCGCUUGCCUACUCCGCCUACUCCGCGCCGCUCGCCGCCUACUCCGCAUACCCCUACGCCUCACCCUAUGCUGCUUACUACCUCAAGAAGUAAAUCAAUGUUCACAAGAUAGGAAAUGAAAACGAAUAAAAAAUAACAGUUAUGGACCUCUAAA